CUGCCGCCUACUGGAGAUGGCGUUGGUGGUUGAAUGGAACUGUAAACAAAAAUGAAAGAUAUGUAUGCUCUGCCAAAGUGGAUAGUGAGAUUCAACACCUUUCCAGUUUUCCUACAGGUCGGCAUCAUUGCCUUUUCAUGUGUAUUCCUUUUUUUCACGGUGGAUGCAUGGUUCUCACCGUUCUACUUUGGUGGUUAUCAACUUAUUUCCUAUAUGUUCGUUGUUUUAAUCUUGUCAUCGUGGCUCGCUCACCAAGCUAUUUCUAGACUUGUCAAAUCGCCUAAUAUUUGGGCGUGUUCUAAACCUUGUACCAAAAACUUUGCAUUUCAUUCUUGUCGUGAUUUGUCUAUUAAAGAUAUUUGUGAUUAUGAACUCAGUAGUCUAGCAAAGAAUGCAGCAGAAUCUGUGAUUACCUGCUUAUGUGACAUUUCGGGCAACAAUGAAGAAUUUGUCAAAGAGAUCCACAGUCAAAUUGAAGAUAUUUUCUUCUCUCUUUCUGAAAAGCUUUCGAAAAUCAAAGUGGAACAUUUUGCGAAGAACCUGAUAAUGAUUGUGCACAACCACCUCAGGAGCUACAAAAAAACAAUGAACUGCUCUAAUAGCCUAUCAGGAUACCAUUCCAAAUUUUCCUUCAACCACCCUGUUUCAAGGGGUGAAAUAUCAUUGGAAAAGUACUUAGGUAGUCUCUCACAUGUUGUUAUGAAAGAAUUUAUUCCAGGCUCUAUUCAAGACUGCUCAGCUGUCUUUGACCUCAGUUGUGCUGCCUUUUGCAGCCAAGUUUUAGUUAAGUUUAUAGAACAACUCAGCCAACCUGUUCUAGUCCUGCAAGCAAUCAUUCAAAUUUUAGAAUCAGUAGAUAACAGUACAAGAGAAGAUUUCAUUCAAGAGAACUCUUUCGGGAUAGCCGAAGACACAUUACGAAAUACACCCGACAUCCAAGAGUCAAGUGUUGGUAUACAAGAUCCAUUGUCAGGAUCUAGCCCUAAAAUGCAAGAAAAAGAACAACAGAAAGAACUCAUUGAAAAUGCGGAAACGACGUUCCCAACACCCAGAAAAUCCAGUCCUGUGUUAUCUGGUAGUUACCUUUUGUGCAACAGCUUAGCAUUAUCCUCUCAGCCCACUACCAACUCAUCUUCGUGGAUCAAAUCGGGUUUGUCUAACUCCAUCUCCACAGCCACAGCACCUCUUCUCUCUUCGCAAUGCUCCAAAUUGAACGUCGAUGGUGAAAAAGAACCUGUCAAAAUGUGUAAACCCAACAGCUUGCCAUUGAUUGGCAUUGCAGGAGAUAAUACUAGUGGCCUGGAUCCAGAACCAAUAGGCACAUUUUCUGUCGAUGCUGACGUCUCCCCGGUCUACGAAGAUGUUGAAGAUUUUGCAACGGCGAUAGCCAAAUUACGCUCUUUACUGGAACAACGAGUAUCUACCAAUGGUGCUGAUGUCCCAAGUGGCAAGAGUAACAUCUUCAGUCCCACCAACGACGCCAGUUCAGGGACAGAAACUGAUAGCAAUUUCGAAGAGCUCACCGAAGCGUAUGAACUACCCAAAGAUAGCCAAAUUUUUUUCAAUGUGAAAAUUCCAAAGACAGAGGUCUGUACGCUUCCAGGAGAAGGCCAGCAUUCAUUCUACUGCAUCGUUUAUGAUGGCAUUUACACCGCUGUCAGCGCAAGCUUAAGCGGCAACGGGGAUGAGAAAAAUGCUCGAGUUGUACUCAAAUGUCGUACUGUUCGGCGAAGAUUUCGACAAUUCAUGCAGUUGCAUGCCCAAUUGGAGGCAUCGGAAGAUCCGUCGGUUUCUAAAGCCAUUCGUUCGAUCCGAGGACCUAGCAAGUGGUUAAACUUGCCCUUUAGCCGACUAGAUCAGAACACGGUUGCUCAUCGACAAAUAUUCCUCGAGCGUUUCAUGCAACAGUUAUGUACCUCACCGGCAAUUGGCAUGUCGCGCGAACUGCGCAACUUUUUGGACUAUGAAUUACAUUUAAACGAAAUCAACGUCACUCCUUCCAGUGCUACACUUCAACGUGUUCCUUUUUUUGCCAAAACAGUAUCAGAUGUACUUCAAAGCAUUAAAACUGCUUUGCCUCUUCCCAUCCCUCUCUUUGAUAAUGACCAAAAUCGACGAAUGCAACUGUUACCUUUACCUCUACCAACAUCACCUCCAACGGCGCCACUCGAACCCCUCGACCGAGAAAAUAAAUCGUGUCAUUCGGUAUCCUCAGUCGACGAAAUAGAUGGCCGGACAGUUCUUGUACCAUGUCGGGUUACCUAUGCUAGCGAUGAGAGCAAGCUCGAGAUGCUUUUGAACAAUUGGAAUCAUAUGGACUGCCGAAUCGAAUCUGCAUACGAAGCUUUCGAGUCACAUCUGUGGCGCAGUGAACUAAGCAUUCAUGUUAGCCAUGACUCUGCAGUUCCAGAUGCUACGACAGCGCCACAAGUAAAAGCUAUGAACACAACUUGCGAAACAAUCAAAGACGGAUGGGAUCGAUUUGAUGUACAGCUACCGCUGUCCAGCAGCCUCAUAAAUUUACUUAUCGAAUGCUUGGACUUGCGAGAGACGUGGUUAACAAAAGCUCCAGUCCCACUGGCACUCAAGAUCGUCGUUGGAAAGCAAGUUGAGAAUUGCAUUGAGGAAUCUUUGCUCCAGUUUUCAAACCCCAAACUUCUGGCUGAUAGUCUGCGUUCGUUGCGGCACAAGCUUGACGUAAAUGAUUUGGAUGUCACAUUGACAGAGGACAAGGACGUCAAUGAGCUGGUCAAAGAGGUUGUUCUUCUAUUGAGUAAACAAAUACCAAGAUUGUUUAUCAAAAUAGUGGGAGAGGAUCUUUGCACUGACGUUUUAAAAACUACAAUUUCAUGUUUGGCGGACCCCCUACUGAAUUGCGACCUUGCGUUGACAUUACUCGAUUUCAUAUUUUUGCAAAUUUGUUCCCCUCCGUCGUCAGUUGAUCGACUGAUUCAGGAUUGUGUUAGAGAUCCCCAACGGUACUAAACGUUUGUUUUUCUCAUUUUAUUAUAAAACGAUCAAAACCUGCAACGGUAGUUACAUGUAGUCAUCGCUCAUCUUACAACUUUCAGUUUUAUUGUCACAAGAAGGCUGAACAUUCCAGUUUUCCUUCAUUGCUAUCUAGCUAAAACCAGUAAGUUAGAAAUCAGUUCACGUUUAAUUAUCAUAGUAUUCCGUGUAUGCCGUGUCUUUUUCGAUGACAGUAAAUUUCUUGCUUAUUUUUGCGUGAGCAAAGGAGAAAAGAAAAAUAACAAUUGAAAUACUCAUUAUGAUAUACUACAGUACUUAUUCAUGUUCCUUCGCUUUAAAUAUUGUUUAAAAAAGUUUAUUAAGCUACUG